AUGGAGCGGUAUCUCUUCGGGCGGAACCCCACGGACGACAAAAUGCUGCGAGAAGUACAUUUGGGCCGGGUGAAUCCGAUAAUCAGGGCCAGGCUUGUGCCGGACCCUACGCUGAUAUGUCGGGUAUCGGGGAGUAGUGAGUGGAAGGAGGAGAGGAUUGCAGAGGAUAAUUAUAAAGUUGAUGGUAUUGGGCCGAUGGAUGGAAUUCCUAAAUCGCUAUCACUCCUGUCUGAGGCUGAACAGUCCUUUGCCUCGGCAACCAAUGACCUCUUACAGAAUAUUCCCACUGGGGGCUUGGCGACGAUAUAUCAACUGCUGGACUUGGUUGCCAAUGACCAACAUGGUAGAAUAGCCCUCCUAUUGAUAGCGCGCUUCGUGCAGUCAACAGUUGACAGAUUCGUUGGUAUUGGGGGAAUCGGAUCCAUCCCUCUCCGCUACAUGCGGCUUAUGGCCUUUCUUGCCCGAGGCAGCGUACUGCUCUCUGCUGCAGCUGCUGCUCGUCAUCAUCCUCAUCACCAGCAGACCAAGGAUGAUGAUGGAAGUGCCAUCAUCACUGAUGAGCAGUUCCAAGUGUAUUCCUCUCAGUCUACGGUCACUAUGUUCACUUGUUGGGAGUCUAGCAAGACUAGCUUUGGACACAUCCUUGCCACAGUCGAUGGCUCAGAGUGCUCAGGGAGGAGGUUAUCCAAUGUCCCCAAUCCUGCCACCGAGAGGUUCCCAGACUCCUAG